UACUUCCAUCUCCAUCCUUUGGAUUCUUAAAUGAAAUCUUUAAUUGAAUAACCAUAUCGAAACUCCUUAUUUUCCUUUUUUUUUUGUUUUGUUCUUCCCCAAUCAGAGAGUAACGGUAGCAUGAUCUAUGCUGGGACGGUUACCAAUUUGAACGUUCCACCACUCAGCUGAGGAAUCCAUCGCCGCCACAGUCCUCCCUUCCAAAGAUCCAGAUUGACAAGGAAGAGAAAAGCAUAAUGAAGGUAAAUUCUGGUAGAGGGCGAAAAGUGUGCUUGGUGGUAACAGGUGUUGUGAUAGCAAUCGUCUUGCUAAUAGUGAUACUAGCAAUGACAGUCUUCAAAGCCAAGCAUCCUGUCAAUACAGUUGACUCACUAAGGCUACAGGACUUGAAGGUGAGCUUAGAUAUCGCUCGACUAAGUGUCGAUUUGAACGUGACACUCGACGUGGAUGUCUCAGUGAAGAACCCAAACAAGGUGGGAUUCAAGUACUCAGAUAGCUCUGCUCAGCUCAAUUACAGAGGGCAACAGGUGGGUGAAGUCCCUAUACCUGCUGGAGAGAUUUCUGCUGAUGAAACCAAAGGAUUCAACCUCACCCUCACUAUCAUGGCGGACCGGUUGCUUUCGAAUUCUCAGGUUUACUCAGAUGUCAUAUCUGGUUCAUUGCCCCUCAGCACUUUCGUGAGAAUGUCAGGUAAAGUUAGCAUCUUAGGAUUUAUCAAAGUUCAUGUGGUUUCUUCCACAACUUGUGAUUUUGCUGUGAAUCUUUCUAAUAGGACAGUUGGCCACCAAGAGUGCCAAUACAAGACAAAGCUUUGAUUAUUUGUUUCCAGUUUAGGGGUGAAGUGAAUAUCUAGGACUUAAUAUAGUAGACUAUGUAAAUUUUAGUUAAUUUUUAUAUCAUUUAUCAUUUAUUAUAAUUA